UAACAGCCUCAUGGCCCCAGCCGGCCACUGAGACCAUGGGCAGCUACUAUUCUGAAUACCUCAAUCCCAACAAAGUGGUGGACCAUUACAACUACACCAAAGAGACGCUGGACACGCAGGAGACGCCGUCCCGCCAGGUAGCCUCCGCCUUCAUCAUCGUCCUCUGCUGCGCCAUCGUGGUGGAGAAUCUGUUGGUCCUCAUCGCCGUGGCCCGCAACAGCAAGUUCCAUUCGGCCAUGUAUUUGUUCCUGGGGAAUCUGGCCGCCUCCGACCUCCUGGCCGGGGUGGCGUUUGUGGCUAACACCUUGCUCUCGGGUCCCGUCACCCUGUGGCUGACGCCCGUCCAGUGGUUCGCCCGGGAGGGCUCUGCUUUCAUCACGCUGUCGGCGUCCGUCUUCAGCCUGCUGGCGAUCGCCAUCGAGCGACACGUGGCCAUCGCCAAGGUCAAGGUGUACGGCAGCGACAAGAGCUGCCGGAUGCUGUUGCUCAUCGGGGCAUCGUGGCUCAUCUCGCUCAUCCUGGGGGGCUUGCCCAUCCUCGGCUGGAACUGUCUGGGCCACCUGGAGGCCUGUUCCACGGUGCUGCCCCUCUAUGCGAAGCCUUACGUGCUGUGUGUGGUCACGAUCUUCUCCGUGAUCUUGCUGGCCAUCGUGGCCUUGUACAUUCGCAUCUAUUGCGUGGUCCGGUCCAGCCACGCGGACGUGGCUGGUCCUCAGACCCUGGCUUUGCUCAAGACGGUCACCAUCGUGCUGGGUGUGUUCAUCGUCUGCUGGCUGCCCGCCUUUAGUAUCCUCCUUUUGGAUUAUGCCUGCCCCGUGCGCGCCUGUCCCGUCCUCUACAAAGCCCACUAUUUCUUUGCCUUCGCCACCCUCAACUCCCUGCUCAACCCGGUCAUCUAUACCUGGCGCAGCCGGGAUCUUCGGCGGGAGGUGCUGCGUCCUUUCCAGUGCUGGCGUCGGGCCACGGGGGUCACAGGACGCCGAGGGGGGACCCCGGGCCAUCGCCUGCUUCCCUUACGCAGCUCCAGCUCUCUGGAGAGAGCAAUGCACGCGCCCACGUCCCCCACGUUCUUCGAAAGCAACACUGUGGUCUGACCGAUGCUCAGGCCACAGCGGGUCACCACCAACACGCCUAUUCCGGGGAACGAGGUGUGUGUGUGUGGGGGGCUGUUCAGCCAGAAGCCCCCUCUCCCCCCAAUUCUGCAGAACUGGGUGAGAAGGAACAGCACUCGUCCACAGCCUGGGGCGACUUUUGGAAGCCACCGGCCAGUCCCAAGGCAAGGACGAGACCGUGUGAGACUCAAAAUGACCAGGGUGAUGCCGGGUGUCGGUGCUCACGCCUGUAAUCCCGGCUACUCAGGAGGG